AUGCUUCCUUACUCAAUUCUAUUUCAAUUGGGGAUAGCUUCGUUGCUUCUACCUCAUGCAAAUGGAAUGCAAUCUGGUAGUAGUAACACUACGAACAAAGAAUCUGAAAAAAGAAAUGCUUUGGUUAUUGCUCCAAACUUUCUUGAAGUUCAUUUUAAAAUGAACAGCGUCUUUGCCAAUGCGCUGACCGAAAAGUUUUUUGUGCACUUUUUAAUCCUGAACACCAAAAAUGAUGAGAUUGGAGAUAAUUUCGAUUAUGGAAUUGAUCUUGAAAAUUUUGAAGAGGGAACGGGAAAUACAUAUCAAGUUGUAAAUUUUCCAGAUGAUUAUCCCGAAAAAUUGAACGAAGGCGUGAAGAAUUUACAGAAUAAAUUCAUAAAGAGAGGUUACGAACAGAGUAGUCAAAUUCUGAAAAAUGAAGCUUUCACCGUCUUUAAAGGUUAA